AUGAAUUUUACAAAACAAUCAGCGGUAAAAAUUCCCGAACUUACAAGAUUAAUGGAGAAUAAUGACGAAAUGCUAAAUCCUUGUAGUAGAGAAUUCUAUAAUAGUCGUACACGACGGAUACAAUCUGAUGAUCGAAUUGUUUACUUCUUUCGAUACGAUAGUUCAGAGGAAGGAGAAGAAGUGAUAAGUUGGCGAGAAUUGAAACAUUUGAGAGAUAAUCAUCGAUGGAAUAUUAUUCGUCAUCCAAUGGUACUCAAUUUUAUCAAUGAAAUACUUUUAUCACAAGCUUAUCUCUACGUUGCACAUAUUAUUUCAUAUUUGAUUUUUCUACUUUUACUUUCAAGUUAUAUUUUUGGUAAAAAUAAUAUGCAAGAUUUUCUGUCAACGUUAUUUCUUAUUGUUUUUGGAUUUUGUUUGGUAGUGAAAUGUGCUGUAAAACUGCAAACAGGUAAAAUUAGUAAAUGGUUUAUCUUAUCAUAUUCAUUCAAUGUGAUAACCUAUAUUGCUACUUUCUUAUUUAUCUGGACACCAUUGCUAUUUUCCUACAAUGAUUACAAUUCUGAUUUAAAGCAUUUUAUCACCUGGUUAUUACCAAUUAUCGCUAUCAUUUCGGCAUGGAUUAAUUUCUUGUACAUUCUCAGAAAAUCACCGUACGGUAUUUACAUUCUUAUGCUUACGCGUAUUCUCUAUUCAUUCUCUCAGAUUGCAAUCAUAUGGAUACCAACGCUUCUUGCAUUUGCAUUCGCUUUUCAUUUAGUUAUGCGAAAUAGUGGCCAAGAACCUUGGGAAGCUGCCGAAGUGUUUUCACCAAAUUCAACAGUAUCACAAAAAUUACUAAUGAUAUUACAAGCUAUCACAAAAACAUCAGCUAUGAUGAUUGGUGAAGUGGAUGCAGACAAUGUGUUAGAACGUAAGGAAUGGAUACCAAAUUUGCUUUUAUUAGCAUUUGAAAUAAGCACAGUUAUACUGCUAAUGAAUUUAAUGAUAUCUCUAGCAGUUGGUGAUGUAAAUGAACUUCGUCAAACAGCUCAAGAGAAAUUACUUGAUAUUAAGGUAAAUUUUGCAAUCGAAAGUUUGCAAUUAUCAGAGACAUGCGACUGCUUAUCCAUUUAUAUAAAUAUGCUACAUCGUAAACAAAUUAAUAAUAUUCUUGUUAUUCAAAAUGAUGGUACUUCAUUUACAACAUGGAUGAAUGUUAAAAUUGAUGAUGAAGAUAAUUUCGAUAUUACCAAGCAAAAUAUCACCGAAACACGACAAAAUAUGAAGAAGAAUUUGUCACAUUGUGAUUCAAAUAGAAUACCAUUGGAAAAUAUCACAGUUAAUUGUGAAAAUGGUAAAUUUAACAAAAGUAAUAACGAAAACGAGCAACAAUUGAAUGAAAGAAAUACGCAAGAAUUAUCACAUAAUAUAUAUCAUCUACAGUUUCCUUCCGGUAAUCGACGAAUGCGUUUACUGAAAAGAGGAAUGGUUGGUCGAACGGUGCAGAUUACAUUAGAUGGAGCAAUAAUAGAACUUAUUGAAAGUAUUGAAUCCGGAAUUAAAUCCUUUCAAGGUACCAUUAAUGGUCAACCGUAUGCCGGAAUUGAUGAAAAUCCGGAUGACUGUAGGCGAAAAUUUGCACGAUGGCUUAUUGGUUUAGAUUGGUCAAAUCUGCUACAAUUAUAA